GGUAGUAUUAGUUCACAGCGAAUGCGACCGAAAAUUAAGCACCAUUUGAAUGCGGUAAUCAGACGGAAUCAGGUUUCGGUUAAACAUAGUCAAGAAACCUAUAGCUUCCUCGAGCGCUCGUCAACCUUCAGUAACUCGUCUUCCAUCAUGAGCAAUGUGUUCGAUAAAUGUUACCUUUUCUAUGGACUUCAUCAUGGAUUGGUUGAACAUGUUACAUAUUGGAAAAAAACUGAUGCAUCACUCGAAGAUGAGCCAUUUUAUCAUGGAUAUAUGACUAGAGAGGAAGCAGAGCGAUGUCUUACCAAGGACGGUGAAUUUAUGGUAAGAAAGGCAGUGGUGAAAGGAAACGAGGGUUAUAUCAUCUCUGUGCAGUCGUGCUCUAAAAAACUGCAUCUACAUAUUCAAGAAAUGCGUCAAAAAAAUCUUUAUUGGCUGGAUACGUACUGCUUCGAGUCAAUACCGGACCUUAUAAGAUAUCACCAAGAUAUGAGAAUACCUGUAUAUAAGGAUGAUGUUAUAUUAAAAUCUUGCGUGGAACGAGAACAAUGGCAAUUAUAUCAUGAGCAGGUAGUGCUCGGCGAUGCUCUUGGUAGUGGUGAAUUUGGCCUCGUAUACAAAGGAACUCUUACCGUUGGUUUAUUCACAAAGCCGAUUGAUGUUGCAGUCAAAACGUUAAAAACAAACACUCUAAAUUCUGAUCAAAGAGUUACAUUCCUGCGUGAAGCAAAUGUAAUGCUGAAGCUUCAGCAUAAAAACGUGGUACGACUUUAUGGGGUAGCGACACAGAAAGAACCAAUAAUGAUAGUCAUGGAACUUGCUGCAGGUGAUGAUUCUUCAAUAGCUAAAGAAGGAACGCUCAGCUUGAGUACCAAAAGAAAGUAUUGUUUUCACGUUGUGUGUGGAAUGAAAUAUCUAGAAAAACAACAGGUGAUGCACCGCGAUUUGGCGGCAAGGAAUUGCCUGAUUGAUGCGACGGAUACUUGUAAAAUCAGCGACUUCGGUUUGUCAUUGUUAGGACGACUUCAUAAAGAAAAGAAUAUGGUGAAAGUACCAGUAAGAUGGCUAGCACCGGAAACACUGAGAACUGGUACCUAUUCGAAUAAAUCAGAUGUAUGGAGUUAUGGUGUUCUAAUGUUUGAAGUAUUCUCGAAUGGUAAAGUGCCAUAUGAACAUGUGAAGCUAGGAAUAUUACGGAACGAAGUCCUCGGAGGUCUUCGUUUGCAACCGUCGUCCGACAUGCCAUCAGAGGAUCGCGCCAUUAUGACUAUGUGUUUUGAAAACGAUCCAGCUAAACGAUCAUCCUUCGCCGAUCUUGAAGAAGCGUGUGUUAUUUUUUUAAGCAGUGAAAAAAUUUAUUGUGUUAGACUACUUCACCUGAUGGGGUUCGGCUUCUAUCGUGUAUGA